AUGGUCAAGAAAAUUUUUGAUCCAUCCUUAUAUUUUGGUCAUACAAUAGUUACAAGAACUUCUGAUGGUCAUACAUUUGAAGGGGAAUUAUAUUGCUAUGAUACUUCUUCAAAUUUCAUCAUAAUAAAAGAAGAUAAUAAAAAUGGUACAGCAAAUUUUUAUAUAAUUAGGACAAAUAUAAUCACAGAUGUUGAAACAAAAAGAAGAGUAAAAACUUUAUAUGAGCCUUUACCCAUAAUUGAUAAAAAUAUAGUUGAAAAAAUUGAAAGAAAAGCUAUAAUUAAUUUUGAAAAAAACAAAUCUCGCAUUGGAAUUGGAGUAACACAAGAAGCACAAGAAUUAUUUGAUUUUAUAUGGAAAACGCAUCCUGAUUGUGUAUGGAACAGUAAAGACAUCUUAGUACUAAAUGGUGAAGUUAGCAUUAAACCACCUUAUGGCCCUGAUAAUUGUAUAGCUAAAAAUGAAAAAUUAAAAGAGAGAUUUGCAACUGUGAUAUCUAAAUUUCGCCAAAAAAAAAACUUGUCCAAUAAGGAUUAA